AAAAUAAGAGAGCAAAAAAAAAAAAUACUAAAGGAUUUCUCGGGACAACUGACACCGAGAGGAGGAAGCUCGAGGUAGGAGGGAGACGGAGAAGGAAGGAAGCGUGGGUGUUCGCUGAAGGCAAGUGAUGAUGAUGAUAAUGAAUUUGGCAAGUAGUUAUCUUAAGAACAAAUGAGUGAGGGGUUUUCAUGACAACUCAGGAUUGUGCAUUAAGCAUUUCUACCCCCUAACAAUUAGAGGAAGUAUAUGCUUGUUAUGAACAGCAUGGUGAUGGCAUUCAGUUGAAUUGCUUUUGAGGAGCUCAUUUUACCAUCAAUUCUUCUCUUAUAAUAGAAACUUUGAACUCAUCCUACAAGUCGAUUGCGGUUAUGGAUGAGAUUGGUCAUAGGGAGAAUGGGAGACACAAGAAUGAUCAAUACAAAACAGCUCAUGCACAGUGGAUGAUGCCUCAUCAUCAGCUGAAGGAGAAUCAAACCAUAAAGCUCCUCAUGGCUGAGCGGGAGAAAGCUCUCCAAGAACGUGACAUAGCCAUAAGUGAGAAGAAAGCUGCUUUAGCUGAACGAGACACGGCCUACCUCCAGCGUGAUGCUGCAAUCGCUGAGAGGAAUAAUGCCAUUUUAGAACGUGAUGAUGCAAUUGCUGCCCUUGAAUAUGCCCGUGAGAAUUGCAUGAGCAAUAACUGUGCACCUGGAUGUUCCCCUGCUCCUUGCGGAACAAAAAACAUGUACAACUAUCAACAGCAACACCUUCAGCAUAUCCAAGCUGCACCGCAGCAACUGCAUGAUGCUCCCAACAACCAAACACGAGAGACACCAAGAGGUGAGGCCUUUCACAACUCAGGUGGUCCAGAGACUUUAGGGAAGCUCAUCAAGACCAAAAGGUCAAGGAAGAAGACUGAAGUUGAAGCCUCUUCAUCAAAGAAGAUGACAAAGUUCCCUCGCAAGAGUAAGAAGAGUGGGGGUAACGAUUGGGACAAGCAAGUCACUAUUGCAAGGGCGGCUGGUGCAUGGAGAGGUGAAGUCGGAGUUGGGGAAGAUCUAAAUAAGGUGUCCUCAUUGAAGCAUCAUGAAUGGAAGAGUCAAGACCUGGGUCUGAAUCAGGUAACGUUCGAUGACUCAUCCAUGCCAGCGCCUGUCUGUUCGUGCACUGGGAGAUACCAACAAUGCUACAAGUGGGGGAACGGAGGAUGGCAGUCUGCCUGUUGUACCAUGACUCUUUCCAUGUAUCCACUACCGGUUCUGCCCAACAAGCGUCAUGCACGUGUCGCAGGGCGCAAGAUGAGCGGCAGCGCAUUCAGAAAGCUUCUAAGCAGGCUAGCAGCAGAAGGCCAUGACUUGUCUCUGCCAGUUGACCUUAAGGACCACUGGGCUAAGCAUGGGACAAAUCGCUACAUCACCAUCAAGUGAGGCAGUAUGUUUUGAUGAGUUUUGGUGUCCUCUGUGAUCUAAAAUCUGUGGUGGGUCGUUUGCAGGGAAACUACCACCAGGAAGCUGUUCACUUCGAUUAGUGUUUGUUUAUGCAGUAGAAUUCAGAAACUUUUAUCUACUACUGGUUGUCAUGUUCUUUCUUCUUGUAAGAUAUUCAUCAAUAUAAUGAAGCUUGCCCCAAGAAAACAAAAAUUGAAAGUUCUCUUGAA